CCCCGGGGACAGCUGGCAGCCCCCGCGCCGGACCAGACACAAAGCCGAUCAAUCCCGGCGGCGCGGGGGCGGGGGGACGCCCGCCGGGUCUUCCCUUCCGCUCCUCGCCUCCUUCUGCCCCCUCAUUAGGACCCAGCCCACACCUCGCCCGGCAUCCACUGCCCUCCCGCUCCCACCCUCCACCCCACAAAAGGAACAGCCCAGACCCCCCCCCCCCCCCAGUCCCCGGCCAAGCCAGACCUGCCCCUAGGCGGCCGGCUGAGAAGGCGCCCCCGGCAGGGGGAAACUGACAUCCAUUGGGGUCCGCCCACCGCUCCCCUGGUCUCCCCGGAGCCGGCCUCUCCUCUCCUGCCCCAGAAGUUCAGCCCCCGCCCGGCCCCCACCCCCCACCCCCCAGCCCGGGCCCUCCCGCGCUCCGGCCGCCGGGACCCUCGGCUUCCGAGGCGCAGCCAGCUCGGACCCCGAGAAGAUGGCGAGGAGGAGCCGCCACCGCCUCCUCCUGCUGCUGCUGCGCUACCUGGUGGUCGCCCUGGGCUAUCAUAAGGCCUAUGGAUCGUCUGCCCCAAAAGGCCAUCAAGUAGUCACAGCAAUAGAGUAUCAAGAGGUUAUAUUAGCCUGCAAAUAUGCAAAGAAGACCAUGUCCUCCAGGUUAGAGUGGAAGAAACUGGGCCGGAGUGUCUCCUUUGUCUACUACCAACAGUCUCUUCAAGGUGAUUUUAAAUAUCGAGCCGAGAUGAUAGAUUUCAGUAUACGGAUCAAAAAUGUUACAAGAAAUGAUGCUGGGAAAUAUCGUUGUGAAAUUAGUGCCCCAUCUAAGAAAGGCCAAAACCUGGAAGAAGAUACGGUUACUCUGGAAGUACUAGUGGCUCCAGCAGUACCGUUGUGUAACGUCCCCAGCUCUGCUCUGAGUGGAACUGUGGUAGAGCUGCGAUGUCACGACAAAGAAGGGAAUCCAGCUCCUGAGUACACGUGGUUUAAAGAUGGCGUCAAUUUGUUAGAGAAUCCGAGACGUGGCCCCCAAGGCAGCAACAGCUCAUAUACAAUGAAUACAAAAUCUGGGACUCUGCAAUUUAACACUGUUUCAAAACUAGACAGUGGAGAAUAUUUCUGUGAAGCCCAUAAUUCCGUGGGACGUCGCAGGUGUCACGCGAAGCGAAUGCAAGUAGACGAUCUCAACAUACGUGGCAUCAUAGCAGCUGUAGUAGGUGUGGCCUUUGUGAUUUCUGUUUGUGGCCUUGGUGUGUGCUAUGCUCAGAGAAAAGGCUACUUUUCAAGGAAUGGCAAUACGGCAGUGAACAAAACAGACCAAAUAACUCUCUGCCUCACGGAGCUUACAUUGAAAAAGAUGGACAAUACACACAAAUGUAAACUCUGCAGUUUGUCAGAUUGUCAUAGUAUUGUGGCGAAAACUAAAGCGGGAGAAGUAAUUCUGCAUCUAAAGCCACCACAAUGAGUGAAAAUGAUUUCAAGCAUACAAAAUCUUUUAUAAUUUAAAAUAAUGCCACCUUUGAGAUACACCAAAACCACAGUUGUUACACCAAGCUAUUAAAAGAUUUAAAUCUCUGCUUUGUCUUACAUCUGCAAGGAGGUACAUGAGGAGAUUAAAUUGGUAUUUCAUUCUAAUUUUUAUGAUCGCUAAAUUACUUGAAAUUGUUAUUUUAAACAAAUAGUUCUGUCAGCACCUAAAUAAAAUACGGUCUGGCUUCUUGUGUCUGGACAAAGUUAAAAGAA